AUGCCAGACGGUGCUCUAUCCUCGGACCGCUCUUUGCACGUCGAUCCCAGCUCUCUGCAUAUGGACUAUACCCAAGCUUCCGGACCGUCUUCGCCUCCCGCCAUCUCUACCUCUGUACCAUCCUCUUCGAGACCAAUAGCAGCGAAAAGUACGACUGCUCCAGCGCGAGACCCAAACGCGUCGCCUGCGUCCUUCGCGUUCCACACGUCACCUUCCCCAGCACACGCCGUCCAGACCGCACUUGCUGCAUCUAGACCCAUGCAGCCUUACUCACGACUCACAUCGCCCCAGCCUACCGGUGAGCCCGGCACAACACGAAACGGCUCAGGCGCUCGCUCACCAUCUCCGUCCAAGCGCUCUUUCAACUUCCCAAUGGGCGACGCCAGCGAGAGAUGGAAUUCCAUCAGCCAGGUUACCGGCAGUACAAACCGAGGUAAUAGACCAUCUGUACACGCUGGCCUUUCCGCAUCCACCGUUGCCGCCGAGCCUUUUCUUGGUUACAACGAGCUCUUUUCACUCAAUGGCACUUCGAGUCUCGCCACGUCUGAAGCAUCCAGAGGCGCCAAUGCUGCUGCGCUCUCCACUUCGGACCCCAUGAACGUCGCUUUCCGCUCAGGUUCCAGCACGGACUCUCGAACAGGUUUCACGCUAUCCUCCAGUCACGAGCAGGACCCUGUUUUGCACCGAUUUGGCCUGUCACCAGGACAUUAUGCGGCCAGCGCACGCGACGAGCUCUCUUCGCAAAUGGGCGGCAACCCUCGCAGCGCAGGUCACGAAGACUUUUCUGCUCGGUCACCUUUUGUACCGGGCGCUGGACAUGCCAUGCUCGGUAUGCCCAGCCCGGGCAAUCUCAGUCCACGCAGUAUGAUGCACCUGCAACACCAGCACAUGCAGAUGCAGUCCCAACUUCACCAUCAACAGCAACAGCAACAGCAACAACAACAACAACAGCAACAGCAACAGCAACAGCAACAGCAGCAGCAGUCUUCCCAGCAACCUCCUUUUGGACCACCACAGCAGCUCGGCCUGCAGGCAAGCAUCGGCAACGCCACUGGCAUGACAGCACCAGGAGGUCAACCCGAAGAGAUCACCACCGUUUUCAUCGUUGGUUUCCCAGACGAUAUGUCCGAACGAGAGUUUGCCAACAUGUUUCUCUUCGCCAAAGGGUUUGAAGCAUCCACACUCAAGAUUCCAGCUGGCUUUGGCGCCAUCGGACCCAAUGGACGCUUGUCGGAUGGAAGCGGACCUCUGUCGGCUGGUCCCGGCGGUCCCUACCAAGCGGUCAACAUGCCCGGCUCCGUCGUGUUUGAUCUUGGCGGCAGCGCAGGACCAGGCUGGGAUGAACAAAAUCUGCCCCUGGGUCUUGGCCGUACAGGCGCCAGCGAUACCUUCUCAUCUCUAGCCAACGUAACAGGCAUGCCCAACGCGCUGGGUGCGCAAGGUAUGGGCGCUGCAGGCGCUGCCAAUAGUGCAUCAGCCGCCGCAGCUGCAGGCAAGAUCAAGCAGAUCAUCGGUUUCGCCAAGUUCCGAACACGAGCAGAUGCGCUGGAAGCACGAGAUGCACUCAAUGGACGCAAGGUGGAUGCGGACAAAGGCUGCGUCCUCAAGACGGAGAUGGCCAAGAAGAAUCUUCACACCAAGCAGCGCCCUGUACUGACGAUGCCCGGAUUUGCAGAAGGAGGAAACGCUUCCAUGCCUCCGCCUCCUGCCAUGGGUGCGAACGCACCGGCCAACGGUACCAACAUUGCUGGUUCUGGCCCACCGCCUCUGUCAUCAUUCGCUCUUGGCGGACCGUUUGACCCGCGCGUUGGUCCGCAAGUAAGCGGCGGUUGCAUUGCACAGGCUGCUUCAUUUGGACCGUUUGGCAAAGGUCCUGGCAGCUUUGAGCCGUUCAACGGUCCCGGCCCCAUACCAGCUGAUUUCUUGUCGCCUCACGAGAUAUUCUCGGGCCCCGAUAUCUUCAAUCAAGGCGGAUCGGGGCGGCUCUCAUCAUCGUCUCAGCAAGCGCAGACGCAGCAGCCGAUUUCAUCCGACAAGUGGGGUGGCUCAGUGGGACCCAUCGACUACUAUGCCCCGGAGAGCGGCGCUGCAUCCAUGCCGUCAUCGUCGCGAGGUCUGCAAGGUGGCACCGCUCAGAACUACAACACGCAGAGUGUUCCACGGUCCGAUUGGCCAACGGUUGGCUCGCCACCGCCAGGGCUCUUUGCACCCGUAUCUAGCGGGAACACGACAGCAACAGCACAGAGACCCAGUUUUCAGAGGCAGGGCUCGCGAGGCACCUCGAUUGGAGCUAUCGGCGCUGAUCAGGCUGCUUCUGGAAGUGGAAGCAAGCCAGAAGAAGGUGUUAGCUCCAUGCCAUCCUCAAUGGGUCCUGGGGCGGUAACGGUCCCUUCAGAGGCCCAUACUUCUUCGAUGGCGAUGCACUUUGGCUCGCUCAAACUCGGUUCGUCUCCCGUUGACGAAGAUGGCGUCCGACCCCCGCAGCAGAUGCCAAGUCCGGAUCUUCCAAGCCCGACGGGCGGCCGCAACGUGGUCGGUGACAACCAUCCGCCGGUCAAUACGUUGUUUGUUGGCAAUCUGCCCAGCAACGCCUCGAGUGCUGUGCUGUCGCAGAUCGAAGACCAGCUCAGAGCAGUAUUUAGCAGCUGUCGAGGAUUCCGGCAGUUCUCGUUUCGCCUCAAGUCCAACGGUCCCAUGUGCUUUGUCGAGUUCGGAGACGUUCACACGGCAUCCCAAGCCAUGUCGGAACUGAACGGACACUCGCUUGGCGGCGCCAUCAAGAACGGCGGCAUUCGUCUCAGCUUCAGCAAGAAUCCGCUGUUUCGCAUGAACUCGAAUUCGACUAUGAACACGGCUUCGAUCAACGGCGUAGGUGUUGUCGGUAGCGGCUCGAGCGCUGGAUCGGUAUCUUCGCCAGACAGUGGUGCUGUCGCUGUUCAUCCUCCGUUGAGUCUGGGUUCAGCAAGCGAAAGUCUAUCCGCUGCUGUGGUGGCUGCGCGUCGCUGA